AGCAAAGCUAGAAAAACCAAGUGAAAACCUCAAAGCUAGGCACCACGCGUCAACGCAUCAUCUCCUUCAAUCGUCUCCUUGUAGUGGCUAGUGUGCUCGAUCUGAGCUAGCUUUGGUCUCUUUGCCAUGGGAAACUGCAACUGCUUGGAGAGGGCGAGGGCGAAGGUGACGGCGUGGGGCGCGGAAGAGGGCGACGGCGGCGAGGACGAGUUCUGGGGCGCCACGGCGGCGGAGUUCUCCGGCGGCGGCGGCGGCGGGGCGCGAGGUGGUGUACCGUCGACGAGGAAGAAAGAGAUCAUCAAGGACGGCGGCGGCGGCGGCGAGGGUUCUUCUUCGCCGACGAGGCGCGUGAAGAUCCGGAUGACCAAGGGGCAGCUGCGGCGGCUGCUGGCCGGCGCCGGGAGGGGGGCGGCCGUCGAGGACGUCGUCGCGGAGAUCAUGAGCAUGGGCGACGUGCACGUCGAGCCCGUGAAGGCGGAGGAGGGCGGCGGCGGCCGCCGGCCGCCGCCGUCGCCGUCCAAGCUGGAGCCGAUACAGGAAGACAUGGACGAGUAGCAGGAGCAGCCAUGGAGGAGGAUAUGAUGGAGAUGAGCGUGAGAUCGUCGGAUGGAUCGAUCAUCUGGAGAUGGACGGUGGAUGUUUCUUCACCGAUUUUGCAUGCAUGCUGGCCUGCCUGUUUGUUUUGGAUCUUGUUUGUAUCUUUUCUUUGCUCUAGUUAAGUUUUGUAGGACGUACGUAUCAUGCUAUAUUAGAGGUAGAAAUUAGGGGAUAUGUAUAUACUAAUAGAUGUGUACGCGACUACGCGUGCACAUGUACAUUUUUGUACUGGUAUAUGUGAUGAUAUAUACUACCUCCGUUUCAGGUUAUAAUACGUUUUGACUUUGGUCAAAGUCAAACUGUUUCAGCUUUAA